AGGAAACUUGAGCUGGAUAGAAGCGAAAAAUGGCCGCUAGCCGCGUCCUUUGAAGUAUUUCUUCCUGUGAUCUUUUUUUCGCUGGACUGGAGCCACUCUCUCGAUGCAGACCGAACAGCAGCAGCAGAUUAUUGAAGUGAGCAGCCUCAUGUUUUCAUCCGGACACGAGGAAACCUGCUCGCUCACCAAAGAGCCUGUAAAGUACGGGGAACUGGUGGUUCUGGGCUACAACGGAUCUCUCCCCAAUGGAGACCGAGGAAGAAGACGGAGUCGUUUUGCCCUCUACAAGCGAGCCAAGGCCAACGGCGUCAAACCCAGCACUGUACACUUUCUCAACAACCCACAGGCUAGCAAGGCUGUAAACUGUAAGGGUCAGCACAGCAUCUCGUACACACUAUCACGAAACCAGACGGUAGUUGUGGAGUACAGCCAUGACAAAGACACAGACAUGUUCCAGAUUGGUCGAUCGACAGAGAGCCCUAUUGACUUUGUGGUGACAGACACUGUGUCUGGGGGAGCAGACAGCGAGGAAGCACCGAUCACUCAGAGUACCAUCUCACGCUUUGCCUGUCGUGUGGUGUGUGAACGCAACCCUCCGUACACAGCUCGCAUCUACGCUGCAGGCUUUGACUCCUCCAAGAACAUUUUUUUAGGGGAAAAAGCAGCUAAAUGGAAGAAUCCAGAUGGCCAGAUGGACGGGCUGACGACCAAUGGCGUUCUGGUCAUGCACCCACGUGGUGGGUUUACAGAAGAGUCUAAGCCGGGUGUAUGGAGGGAGAUAUCAGUGUGUGGAGAUGUUUAUACACUGAGAGAAACUCGGUCUGCACAGACGCGAGGCAAACUGGUGGAUAACGAGAGCAACGUGCUGCAGGACGGCUCACUGGUGGACCUGUGCGGUGCCACGUUACUCUGGCGCACAGCUGAGGGCCUCUUUCAUGCACCCACGGCAAAACAUCUGGAGGCACUGCGUCAGGAGCUGAACGCUGCUCGUCCCCAAUGUCCCGUAGGUCUCAACACGCUGGCCUUCCCCAGCAUGCAUCGUUCCGGUCGAGCACUGCCCAGUCUCGCACAGCAGCAGGACAAGCAACCCUGGGUCUAUCUUGCGUGUGGGCAUGUGCAUGGUUAUCACGAGUGGGGCCAUGGCUCAGACCGCGAGCCCAACAACAAGCGCGAGUGCCCCAUGUGCAGAGCUGUCGGGCCCUACGUACCGCUGUGGCUUGGCUGUGAGCCAGCUUUCUACGUGGACUCUGAAGCGCCAACACAUGCCUUUGUACCAUGUGGUCACGUUUGCUCGGAGAAGUCAGUCAGAUACUGGUGUGAAAUUCCUUUACCGCACGGCACCCACGCUUUCCACGCAGCAUGCCCGUUCUGUGCCAUUCAACUCGGUGUCACACAAGGAUUCGCCAAGCUUAUUUUCCAGGGGCCUAUAGACUAGGAGCAGUGGACAGUUAUAUGGUGUGAAAGCGUGACUGGUUUUUCUAUGCUAGAACCUUUGCAGGAAAAGAACACAGUAAAGGAUUGUUGCACUGGAAAGCUGUUCUCCUAUGCAGAAAUACUUCCAGUAGUUGGAUUUACCCAGCUGAGCUUGUUAUUCUUUCACAUCAAUCACUGUUACAUCAUAAGUUGCCUUGGAACUCAGCAGAACUGUUGGACAUGUUGUUUUUAGACAGUGAAACAGUCUUAUUUAGUGCAAGCUGUUGGAUGGGUGGAUGCACAUGUAUUAGAUUUCAACACUGUGUGAACACUUUCAGUAGACAUUUUUUUUUUAUCCAGCUGCAGACCAAGUUUAGUAACCACAGAUUAAUCAGAUAAGUUAAGAUUUCAACUGUUUAGGGAUUUAUAUUUAUAUAAUCAAUAAUCAUUUCAUUUUAGAUAACUCAAGCACUGACCACAUCAGGUCUGGGCUAAAUGUAGCAAAAAGUGAUUUCUGAAGAUGUUGCCGAAAUGAUGAGCUAUUGAAUUAAAUCCUGGCUGAAGCAAAAAUAUACAUAUCACCCAUUAAUAUAUAUAUCACCCAUAGUCCUGUACAUGAACAGCUGUACGCAUUGCGUGCAUGAACAGUUGCUAGAAAAGUUUUGUAUUUUUCUUAAUGAAAGAAAUGUAGCUGCAA